CAAGUUCUACCACAUAAGCAAAGCUAAUCUCUAUCUCUCUCCAUCUAAAGUUCUUCAUUUCAUUUUUCUGAGUUUCUUUCUUUCUCUACCCAUAAAGUCACAACACAAAGCAACAAUGUCAUUUCAACAACAACAACACAGCAACGGUCUUCACUAUGGGCGUGGAAGUGAAGCUCAUGGAAUGCAUUUUUAUCUAACUGUUCAACAUCGUCAGUUGCAAGAUCAUGACCUUAUGGUUCCGAGAAAUUUUGUGGACAAGUUUUGGAAAGAUGUACCAAAUCCAAUAUCUCUAAAAUUUCCAAAUGAUUCUGAAUGUAAAAUGAAUUGGGUACUACGUGGUAAUGAUAUUUGGCUUCUGAAUUGGAAAAAAUUUGCAAGGUCGCUUCGAUGUGGUGAUCUUUUAGUUUUCCAAUACAAAGGAGGGUCUGAUUUUCAUGUCAUUAUAUUAGAUGACGGUAAAUUAGAAAUUGACUACUCAAGUAUGAAAUGCAACGAUGACCAAGAUUCUAACAAGAUUUGUAAACAAGAAGAAGAGAGUGAUGACAAUGAUUGUGUUGAGAUUCUUAAUGAUAUUGCUACUACUUCUACUGCCCCUGAAGGGACAAAUAUUGACAAGAGAAGAAUUAAUAUGAAUGCAUCCAAGCAAAAAGUGUCAGGCAAGUUCAUCUACUUCAUUUGA